UUUAAACGAAACAGGACGAAAAAUUAGCCGUUACCAUGCCGUCGCUUUUAGAAGCGAUMGUAGAGAAGUACGAAUGUUUUGAAGAUGAUACGUUCGAUCAGAUGCCUAUUGCAAUAUAUGUCCCACGUAAAAAUCCCAGGAAUAUGAUACCAAAUUUAUUGGUAUUAAAUGAUUGUGACAUUGAUUCGGCCGGACAGGAAUCCGACUUGAGAGAUAAAUGUCAAGGUGUUGAAGAAUUGGAUUUAGCUCAAAACUGUUUGUCUAGAUGGAGUGAAAUAUUCAAAAUAUUACAUAUCAUGCCGAGACUGAAAUUCGCCAAUCUAAGUUUUAACAAUUUAAGUUCAGAUAUAAAUAGUGCAGUUGAGGUUUGCGACGACACUGAAGAAACAUACCCGUGUUUGAAGAGUAUCGUGUUGAAUUCUACAAAUAUAACAUGGCGCAGCUUUAGACACAUUUUGAAACGAAUACCCAUGGUCGAAGAGAUACAUUUGAGUAUGAAUAAUUACGAUGUUAUCGACUUGGAUGACGAUGAAAAUUGUCAACAUAUUCAAAUGCCUUCAGUGAAAAGGUUACAUUUUACAGGAAACCCUGUGUCUACGUGGUCUGAAGUAUGUAAAUUAGGUCGAGCAUUUCCAAAUCUUGAAUCGUUGGUGCUUGCUGAAUGCCUCUUGCAGUCACUUAUGACUCCACCACCUUCGCCAGAUACUCACCUAGGCUUGUUGUCCUACCCAAGGCAAGGGAGUGGAUUUUGUAAUAUGACGCUGGAUUCACCACACGAUGCAUUUACACAUCUCAAAUUCCUAAACCUAAACAGAACCUUAAUUAGAACGUGGGACGACGUUGACAUCCUGGGACGAUUUCCUGCAUUAAGAUACCUUAGGAUACAAGGAUGUCCGAUAUUCGAAGAAAACUCUGAAAGACAAGAAUACACAGAACACGAACGCAGACAGUUGCUAAUUGCACGAUUACCGUGCAUACAAACUUUAAAUGGCGGAGCAGAAAUUACAGCUGAUGAUAGAGAAGAUGCUGAACGGUUUUUAAUAAGAUAUUACAUGGAUAAGCCUGAAAACGAACGACCUGAAAGGUAAAAAAUAAUAUUAGGUACUAAAUA